AUGUUUCUCAUUAGACGUCCCAUCACCAGAGGAAUUCAGCCCACCCAUUUCAGACGGCUAUCCAUCAUGAAAGACACAAAAGAAACAGGAUUGCCCGUUUUGCGCCCCAUAGCCACAAGAACCACCCUGAAACAAGCCCCACCCUCCAAACCCCAAGCAACUCCCGAAAUCGAGAAAAAAUACGUCCACCGCGUAUAUGACGCGAUCGCCCCCCACUUCAGUUCGACUCGUUUUGCUAAAUGGCCCAAAGUCCAGGCCUUCUUAAAUUCCCUCCCCCCCGGAUCACUCGUACUCGACGCUGGGUGUGGGAACGGGAAAUACUUGGGCUUGAACCCAAACUGCUAUUUCAUCGGGUGUGACAUCAGCGGGCCCCUCAUUUACAUAUGCUCGGACAAAGGGCACGAAGUCCUAGUGGCUGAUGCAGUCAAUCUUCCUUACCGAACGGGCUACGGUGAUGCCGCCAUCUCCAUAGCUGUUUUGCACCACCUCAGCACAGAAGGCCGGAGGAAAGGAGCUGUUGAAGAGUUGAUUCGGAGUGUGAAGACAGGCGGGCUCGUCUUGAUCACCGUUUGGGCCAGGGAACAAGAGGAUAAAGCCCUGAUAAAUAAAUGGACUCCUCUGAAUCAGAAGUAUGUUGAGGAGUGGAUUGGGCCUGGCAGCCCGCGGGUGCGGAGCCCGUCGGGUUCGGUUUCUUUGGAAAGUAUUCCGGAAACUGAGGAAGCUGUUUCUGGUUCAUGUCCAUCUCAGCAGGAAUAUUUUGUGCCCUGGCAUUUGCCUUAUCAUCGGGCAGAGGUAAGUGGGGUGUCUGUUAGCGCUGUGGCCAAUGGGCUGGCGAGGAAGGAUGAUAAGAAGGGCACGGUUGUGUACGACAGAUAUUAUCAUGUUUUUAGUGAAGGUGAACUUGAAAGGUUGGUGAGUGGCGUUGAUGGUGCUGUCGUUGUGGACAGAUUUUACGACAAAUCAAACUGGUGCAUUAUCCUCGAGAAAACUUCAUCAUGA